CCCAGAGGCGCUGCGGACAGCACUGGCAUGUCGAGCGAGCCAAGCUCAUCGGGGGCUUCACCCAGAGCCCCGCGUCCAGGCACCCAGAAGUCGUCGGGAGCGGUGACCAAAAAGGGAGACCGGGCGGCCAAGGAGAAGCCAGGGACCGCCCUGCCGCCAGUAGGCGAGGAGGAGCCCAAAAACCCUGAGGAGUACCAGUGUUCGGGGGUCCUCGAGACCGACUUCGCCGAGCUCUGCACGCGGUCGGGCUACACGGACUUCCCCAAAGUUGUCACGCGGCCCCGUCCCCACCCGACCUUCAUCCCCUCCGCCUCCAUGUCAGAAAAGCCCACCCUAGGUAGGCCGAAAGCCAGGACGAAGGGCAGGGUCUUGUGGAAGGUGGGGCUGACGGACAAGACCCUGCCCACCUUCAUCGCCCUCCUGCCCCUCUGCUCAUCCACGCUCAGGAAGGUGUCUCUGGAGGGGAACCCGCUACCCGAGCAGUCCUACCACAAGCUCAUGGCGUUGGACAGCACCGCCAUCCUUUCCCCCUGUGUCGUGGCUGCCUUUCCCACCGACUUGUGCGCAGAUCUGACAAAUGUUUGCGAAGCCCCUGUGGGGCCCUCCUCCUCUCGACAUGGGGACUUCAAAAUGGACCGUGAGAAGAGUCAGAUUGCAGGGGUCAGCAACAGUGCACUUGUGGAUAAGACAGACAAGACACAGACGCCGAAGACCCCCAAGGGCCUGGGCAAGAGGAAGGAGAAACCAGGGGAACUGGUCAAGAAAGAGGAGAAAUCAGGGUCUGGGCAGUCGCCCACGCAAGGAACCCCAAAGAAAGAAGACACCAGCAAGGCAGGCAAGGGGAAGGUGACCAUCCCCGAGCAGAAGCUCAGCAAGGUGAAGGGGACCAAGACUGGGAGCAGGGAGAAGCGCAGCUUACUCCUAGAGUCUGAGCUGGCUGUGGAAGCCACUGAGGUGGUCAACCCUCUCCUGGAGCCAGUGGAGCAUCGAGAUGGGAAGGUGUUCUUGCCAGGGAACAAGGUCCUAUUGCACCUCAACCUUCUCCGAAACCGCAUCACAGAAGUGGGGCUGGAGGGUUUCCUGGCCGCAGUGCAGUACCAGGUGCAGUUCUCCAAGGCCAAGAGUGUGGCCAAGGGUCCAGUGGGGCUGCUGUGGCUGUCCCUGGCAAAAAACUGCUUUGCUCCGCAGUGUCCUGCCUACACCAUGAUCCAGGAGCUGAUGCUGCCCAGGGACCCCAUCAAGGCCAAGCUUAAGGAGGAGGAGGCCAUAGCUCCGCCCACUUAGUCCCCUCCCCCGCUUGCCUGAGACUCAGGCUACAGAAGCACACCCAUGCCUGUGUGGGCUGACCUCCUGGGGAGAGCUCGGACCAAUAACAGUCUGUUGCGGUACUUCUGAGGUGUUUGGAAACCAUCAAAGU